UUAAAUAAAUGAUAAUAAAUAAACAUACACAGUAUCUGGUGAUUAAAAUAACACUUAGGUAAUCACUUGGCUCAGCCAUCACACAUUUCUUUAGCUGCAUUUGCAUAUGUGAAGUCAUCAUUUCAAGACGACCAAUCAGGUAAAUUGAAAACCUAUUUCCCUGGACUUGUCCCUCCUUGGAAUCCUACACACCUGUAAAACGCCACAGUCAGUGUUUUUCAUUCAAUGAUAAGACUUCUUACUUUUCCAACUCGGAUACAUUUGAGUCUGAUAAUUGCUUUGUUCGAGAGGAUAAAAAACGAAUAUCGACAAUGGUUUGCGGAGGAUUUGUUUGCACGAAGAAGUCCCUAUGCGCUCUGAACAUACUUUAUGUUAUGGUGAGCUUGCUGCUGAUUGGCGUAGCUGCUUGGGGUAAAUGGUUUGGCCUGGUCUCCAGUAUUCGGGUGGUGGCUGGAGUCAUUGGCGUGGGCAUCUUCCUGUUAUUUGUGGCCUUCGUGGGCCUCUGUGGAGCCCUGAUGCACCACCAGGUCCUGCUGUUCUUUUACAUGAUUAUCCUGUUCCUGGUGUUCAUGGUGCAGCUGUCAGUGUCUGCCGCAUGUCUGGCUAUCAAUAAAGAGCAGCAGAAAGAACUCCUAGAGGUGGGCUGGAACAAGUCCGAGGCGACUCAGAAGGAUGUGGAGAAAACUCUAAACUGCUGUGGCUUCUUCCAUCCAAACUAUAAUGGCACCUGUGACGCGGACUGUUUCUCCAACCCAUUAUCCUGCGAUCCUUGUGCUCCAAUCAUCCAAAGUCAUGCUGAGGAGGUUUUACGCUUUGUGGGUGGGAUUGGAUGCUUCUUCAGCUUCACAGAGAUCUUGGGAGUGUGGCUAACACACAGAUACAGAAAUCAGAAGGAUUCCCGUCCAAACUCUGGUGCAUUUCUAUAACUAGCCUGUUCAUAAACUCAACUUUGCACUGUCAUGCAUUUGUAUUUAGAUUUUUGUAUUUAGAUCCUGUGAUUUAUCUACGACUAAUGUUUCCA